CUUCACGCGGCUUUACUGUUUUUUUUUAGUGCGCAUGUGCCCCAAAAUGAGAAUGUUGAGCAAAACAGACUAGAAAAAAAAGCACUGGCAUUAUUUAUUGAAAGUUGCUAGCUAAUUCUCUCACCUCACAAUAUUAGCUAGCUAACAUUUUAAAAUCAAAAUUGUAAAACAUGACGGAGCCUCAGGCAGCACUGUUACUCAGGAGACAGCUGGCAGAGCUGAAUAAGAACCCAGUGGAAGGAUUCUCAGCAGGCUUGAUAGACGAUAAUGACCUCUACAGAUGGGAAGUCUUAAUCAUCGGCCCACCAGACACAUGCUAUGAAGGCGGUGUGUUUAAAGCACAUCUCACGUUUCCCAAGGACUACCCUCUCAGGCCACCUAAAAUGAAAUUUAUCACAGAUUUAUGGCACCCUAAUGUUGACAAGAACGGUGACGUAUGUAUAUCUAUUUUGCACGAGCCUGGUGAAGAUAAGUAUGGCUAUGAGAAGCCUGAGGAGCGCUGGCUGCCCAUCCACACAGUGGAAACCAUUAUGAUUAGUGUUAUUUCCAUGUUGGCGGACCCUAACGGAGACUCGCCUGCCAAUGUAGACGCUGCAAAAGAGUGGAGGGAAGACCGACAUGGGGAAUUCAAAAGGAAAGUGGCCCGUUGUGUAAGAAAGAGCCAAGAGACUGCCUUUGAGUGAUUAUUUAUCAAGCGGCUUCUUGCUUCACUUUUUCAGGGUCUCCAAUUGAGAAACAACAUAGCAAUGUUUUCCUGCACUCUACCACCCUAUUGCAUGGCUGGUCUUCAUUGACUGUCAGAAACCGUCUGGCAACAAUAGGCUGCAAUAGAACAUAACAGCUGUUACCAGAUCCUGACUGAAAACCGCCAAGCAAGUGCCAACAACAAAGCAAAAGAUGAAUAACCAAGUUUUUUUUUUUUUUUUUAAGUCUAUGAACUGUAUUUCAGGAAGAUAUUGUAAAGACCUGUAUAUAGCACAGACAUAAAACUGGAUAAUAUAUCAAUUGUCCCUAUUCCAUCCAGCAAGACACUUAGUACCAAAUAAAUAGCGUUUCUGUAGGUAGAAUCUGAGUCCUAUAGAUUCGUAUGUUUUUAUUCCACUUCUUCAACAUCUGCUCUAGUGUGCAUGAGUUCAGUUCUGUUACAGGUUGCUUUGACGGACAGGAGGCCUUGUAGGGAGCAGAAUGGUAAGAAUGCAAUGCUCUUGUAGAAUCCCUCUAUUGGAGGAGAGCUGCUUUGGUUCUAGAAUGACUGAAAUAUCAGGCCGGAUUUGCAUUUAUGGCAGAUGGACAUAAGGGUGCAUUACACAUACUGUAGCUUGCUUGUCAUGUUGGGUUCAUUCACCUCAGCACUUCAGGAAAAGUUGCUGUAAGUCAACAUUUAACAUAUGAAUAAGGUUAUAAAUAUAAGUCUUUACUUUGGAUUUUAACACCACCCCCUACCAUGAUCCAAUUUGUCAAGUUCAGGUGUGUUUCUUCGGAGAUGGACAUAACCCUUACAAGUCAUGCAUGCACAAAUUGAAGUCAUACGUGUAAGUUUUUAAUUAGUAUUUUUUUCCAAAAAGUGCCUCCUAUUAAAUUGCUUGGCAAUUGCCCCCUGUAUUGAACCAGAGUUUCAGAAAAAUAUGAGAAAUUUGUACAAGUUUGUACAACAUCAGCACAAUGUGUAAUUCAAAUAUUGGUUACAUUUGGUUUAGCAAUAACUUUCCCCUCUGUGUGGUGAACCGUCUUAUUUAAAAAAUAAAUAAAAUCUGAUAUUUGGGUGAUGUGGAGACCUAUUUCUCCUGUAUUCACCUUGAUAAAGGAGAUUAAUUGUGUUGUGUCCUAGGUAGGAUUUGUUAUGCAUGCUUUUAACUUGAGGUUUUCUUGCUGGUAGUUUUGGGGUUUUGAUUUAAAAUGUGUGAAAGAGUGUGUGCCCGUGCCCUUUUUUCUUUACCCUCUAUUCCCCUGAUCCUCGAUUUUCCCAUGGUUUAUUAUUUUAUUCUGUCUGAUGGACUAUUGCAGUUUACUUGCCUAAUGUACAAAGACAAAAUACUGAUGUAUAUUUUCUGUGUUAUGUAGUAAGUUCUUCUAAAAUAAGAUUUAUGUUCCCAAUAA